CACACUGGUUUGUGACAGCUGUUUAUUGGCGUGCGAGAAGCGACUGCAAUUUUGCUAGAAAAUUAAAAAUUUUCAACAAAUCUAACCAAAAUGAAGGUUAUUUACAAUUCGCUGUUUAAACGUACAUCCACAUACGCUGUGGCCAUCAUGGCAUCGGCCUUCUUCUUUGAACGCGCUAUCGAUGUCACUUCGAACUUGAUCUUCGACAGCAUCAACAAAGGCAAACAAUGGAAGGACAUCAAGGGCAAGUACGAAUAGACGAGCGGUUGACUGCAGCUAGAGUUAAAUAAAACAAUGAUGUUGGUUAAUUGUAAUUAGCAUAAAUCAACGUUUAUUAUAAACGAAACGACAUCCGAAACAA